AUGCUGAAGCACUUUCUCAGCUCCCUCUGGGCGUCGAGGGCUUUUUACAGGGUGUACAUCAUGAGAGGAGGACGUGAGGAGGAGGAAGAGGAGUCGAAGAGGGAGUCUGUGGGGCCGUCAGUGGAGGCGGACCAGGACAAGAUCAAUGGGAGUGACAGGGAGUGCAGGAGGCAGCAGGAGAUUCAAAGUCGGCCAAUAAAUAACAUCCUAGAGAGACAGAAACGGCCUCCUCCUCAGCAGCCGCUGCCCCGCUCCUCCUCCACCACCCCAGUCCCCCUGGCCCCACCGACAGGGCCCCCUUGA